ACAUGGUUUUAAUUUUAAACGUUUUUCCAUAUAAAAACCCAAAACCCAAUUUCCACAAUAAACAGCUAUCUUCCCAGUUAUUAAUUCCAUCGAAAUCACCGAUAAUUAGUCAAUACUUCACUAUAAAUCAAUCAAGUGUUCAACGAUCAAUCAUACCCAAUUCAAUUUCUGAAAAUGGAGGUUAGAGCCAGAGCUCCUGGAAAGAUCAUUCUCGCCGGAGAACACGCCGUCGUUCAUGGAUCCGCCGCCGUCGCCGCCUCCAUCGGCUUAUAUACAUCCGUCUCUGUUCGUUUAUCUUCACCUAACGACAAUGAUGAUACCUUGACACUCCAUCUCAUGGAUGUGGACCUAGAAUUUUCAUGGCCUAUUGGAAGAAUCAAAGAGAUGUUACCAGACUCGGUCAAUAAUGACGCAUCCUCACCCGCAACAUGUUGUGAAGAGACCACCAAAUUCAUUUUAACUGCACUUAAAGAUUUUAAAAUUCCAGAUGCAAAAAUUGGUAUCGCCUCCGGAGUUAUUGCUUUUCUCUGGUUAUACACCUCUAUUCUAGGGAAUAAAGCAGCAAAGGUUAUUGUUUCGUCAGAGCUUCCUUUGGGUGCAGGAUUGGGGUCAUCUGCAGCGUUCUGUGUUUCACUCUCGGGUGCCUUGUUGGCUUUAUCAGAUUCUGUACAAGUUGACUUUGACCAAGAGGGUUGGGUUUCAUUUGGAGAAAAAGACCAGCAAUUGGCCAACAGAUGGGCUUUUGAAGGCGAAAAGAUCAUUCACGGGAAGCCAUCUGGUAUAGACAAUACCGUCAGCAUAUUUGGGAAUAUGAUAAAGUUCAAAUCUGGUGUUUUGACAUGCAUCAAAUCCAAUAUGACACUUAAGAUGCUAAUCACCAACACAAAAGUCGGAAGAAACACAAAAGCGCUAGUUGCAGGUGUAUCUGAACGUAAGAACAGGCAUCCUGAUGCUAUGACAUCUGUAUUUACUGCUGUUGAAUUUAUCAGCAAUGAAUUCGCUUCAAUAAUCCAAUCAACAUCAUGUUCUGACGAUGAAGUUGUUGAGAAGGAACAUAGAAUUCGGGAGUUAAUGGAAAUGAAUCAAGGUUUGCUCCAAUGCAUGGGAGUCAGCCAUGCUUCCAUUGAAACGGUGCUACAGACAACGUGUAAAUAUCAGUUAACUUCCAAAUUGACAGGAGCGGGUGGAGGUGGAUGUGUCUUAACUCUAUUACCAGCACUAUUGUCUGCAACAGUUAUUGACAAAGUAAUCAGGGAGCUUGAGCAGUGCGGAUUUCAGUGUUUGAUUGCUGAAAUUGGUGGAAACGGACUUGAAUGUCGCUUUGACGGGCGGUCAUAAUGUUCUUUCACUUAUGACCCAUCUUACAAGUAACAGUUAUAUGCAAAGAUGGUUCUAUUAACUCCUAUGUUGGAGCAAUUUUCAUUCUAGUUGUUGUACACUAGUUUAUGCCAUUGUGUGAUUUAAGCUCUACAGUUUUUUUGGGUUGUUUGAACUAAUUAAAUGUGAUAAAUGUAUUUAUGGAUUUAAGUUCA